ACUGACCUGUGAACAUCAGGACUGUUAUCAUAUACAAGUGGCUUGAGCAGCAGAAUGGAGAAUCAGAAAAACAUUUUCCUUAAGAAGACGUUUGUAGCCAUAACCGGUGCAAGCAGAGGAUUAGGAAGAUGUAUAGCACUACAAUUUGCAGCCAAGUUCCCUCCCAAUUCCGUCUUUGUACUUAUGGCAAGGAAUGAGCAAAAGUUGGAAAGUGUCAAGUCAGAAAUUUUGUCCCAGACACCGAAUGUCACUGUUCUGGUACGGCAAUAUGACCAGAGCAGUGUAGAAAAAGAUUACUUCAAAGGCAUAUUCAACGAAGUUUUGUCAGGAAACUACCUUUCGGAAAAUGACUUCGACCAAGUCAUGAUCGUGCAUAAUUGUGCUAAGGCCGUUGCGUUGUCAAAGUAUUGUUUGGAACUUUGCGACUCUGAAGAAGUGAGGAAUGCCUUCAACAUCAAUCUAAUAGGGAUGAUCCUACUUAACACCAGCUUCUUCCAGACAUUUUCUGAUUCCAAGAAAUCCCGGGUGGUGGUCAUUAUGUCAUCAGCAUGUACUUCGAUUCCUAUGAGAUGCAUGCAUCUAUACUCUGCAGCUAAAGCUGGCAGGGACAUGUAUAUGCGCGUGUUAGCCGCAGAGGAACCGUCAUUGCGGAUACUGACUUUUGCUCCUGGUGCAUCGUAUACAGACAUGAUGACAGAAGUGGAGACGGAUUGUACUGACAAGGUCAUUGCUGAUAUGUUGAAACAAUUUCGGGAAGAUGGUAAAGUGACGCUUCCGGAGGUCCCAAUUUCCAAACUUGUGCAGAUCCUGGAGGAGAACACGUUUGAAAACGCUGUUUACGUAGAGAGCGAGAGUCUCUUUUGAACCUUUAUGCUUGUGGAUACUGAAAGUUUGUAUGAUACCGGGAAUACUGAACGAACUUCUGAUGCAUUAAAGGAAUUCUUACUUUACUUGGGCGUUCAGAGAGCACAAAGAAAUCCCCAUCAUCUUGCUUAUCCAUUAAUUGAAGAUUCCAAUUCAUAGAAAUUCCUAAAUGUAUACAUGUUGGAUUUGCAUUGCUGUAAUCAAAUUUAUUUACAUUGGAAUACGUCGUCAUGAAAUCAGAAUCAAUCAAAUUAGAUAAAAUAUGUUAUGACUUGUAUUAUAUCGUUAUGAAUGAAGCAGUUCGGAAUACACACAAGAAUUACCUUCAUUCUAAAAUUACCCAAUGUCAAAAUUUUCUUAAACAGAUUAAAAUAAGAGGUUACUGUACCUUAUAUACACUGUCAUACAUAAUUUCCUGCACAUUUUACAUAUUUGAAAUCCAGUAAAACAGAUUUAUUUAUG